UAAUUCCGCAUUUUAAUAAUGUUAUCGGGCGCAAUUGUGAUAAAGGUCUGCGAAUUUCCGGACCUUUUAUUCAGUUUCAAGGUAGCCGCGAUACGAAUUAAGUUCAUUCAUGUUCGCUGUCAAAAAUUAAAUUGAAAAGAGAGGAGCGAGAGACUCUGUAGAUCAAUAAUGUAGUAGUAGGACAUGGGGACGACAUACGGUUGUGUUUUGAGGUCGGAAACUACUAAAUAUGUGCAUUAGAUAUCUAAGCAAAUUAAGUGUAAUGUAAUGGUGCUCCGGUUAAGUUAGUGUUAAAAAUGCCUCUAGUGGAUUUCAUACGUAGAGCGUCCACUUAUAUUCUGGGAGCGGAAGAUGAUCCGUUCAAUGAGAAAAUGGCACGUUACGAAAAUAACGAAGUGCUGUUUUGUAAAAAUAACGUGUGCGUCCAUCCACCGGCGAUGAUCCGGCAAGAAACUGACAUCCUUCACCACCCAGGGUAUUUAACAAUCACCACGAAGACGUUCGUUGAUCAGUAUAAUAACGUGAAAAGGCCGACGCUUUUCCUGACCUGGAUACCCAACACAACCUUAAGGAAGUGUCCCGGUGCCCUUCAAAACGGAUACAGCUUUCUGAAGAGGAACAGUGCCGACAGUUUGGCAUCGAGCGAUUCAAAUUCCAGCACAAUUUUCGAUAAACAUCAGCCAGAGCUCAAGUGUACAAAUCCGUUUUUAAACUAUGACGAAAAGCAUUACAUGGAGGAAUCCAGCAGCGACGACAGUGAUAAGCAAGAAAUCAAAGAAGUUAUAAACAUAAAUGUCGAAAUCUCCAAUCCGGACAUAGAAAUAACAACAACCCCCGAUAGUGUUAAAGAUGAAAGCGCCGAAAAGUUCAGCUUCUCCCGUUCGGAAUCGGUCACAUCCAACGAGAGCCAGUGCAACUGGAUGUCAACGCCUGAAUUUCUCGCACAGAAGCAUAAUUUGGCAUUUCCAGAAAGCAAUAAUUGUUCUCCAAUUUUACCGACUAAACAACCCCACAAGUGCAGAACUUUUAACGUGGAUUUAAGCCAGAUGAGAUCGUUAAGGUUGUUUUUCAGCGACGCGAACUGUACAUGCGGACAGUUAGUUGUCGCGUCCAGAGAGUCUCAGUACAAAAUUUUGCAUUUUCACCACGGCGGUCUCGACCACCUAGCUCAAGUCUUGCAUCAAUGGCACUCACUGCUGCACAGCAUCAAGUUUGCGAAAGAUUUUAUUUUAGGAUACGAGGAGAAUCUGCCCUACCGCCACUUCAUGGUCUGUCGCGCCGAAGUCUCGGACCUGGAACUGCACCCCGAAGAAGGGCAAGUGACAAAACUCACCGAAGACAUGUACAGAUCCCUCUUCAACGAAAAAGGACAGCUGGAGGACGACCUGGUUUUACGAAAGGCGAUUUUCUUCGCGGGCAUGGAACGAUCGCUUAGAAAAGAGGUUUGGCCCUUCCUUUUGCACUGCUACCCCUAUCAAAGCACCUACGAGGAGAGGUCCCAGAUUGCCGAAAUACGCAGACAGGAAUACGAGGAAAUAACACGGAGACGUUUGGAUUUGUCGGGAAGUCAGCGCAAUCACUUCAGGAGGAAAAUUCAGAGCGUCGUGGAGAAGGACGUGAUUCGCACGGAUCGGGGCAACCCCUUCUUCUCGGGGGACGACAACCCUAAUAUAGCUAUAAUGAAAGGCAUUCUCCUUAAUUACGCCGUUUAUAAUCCCGGACUUGGGUACACUCAGGGAAUGAGCGACCUUUUGGCACCGGUCCUAUGCGAGUUGCGCGACGAAGUCGCGACCUUUUGGUGUUUCGUUGGCCUUAUGCAGCGGGCGGUUUUCGUAGCGACGCCGACCGACAGGGAUAUGGAUAUAUCGUUAAAGUACCUAAGGGAGCUGGUGAGAGUCAUGGUUCCGCACUUUUACGAGCAUCUCGAAAAGCACCGGGACGCCGCUGAAUUGCUCUUUUGCCAUCGCUGGAUCCUUUUAUGUUUCAAGAGGGAAUUUACGGAAGCUGUUGCGCUACGGAUGUGGGAGGCGUGCUGGGCGAAUUACCUUACAGAUUACUUCCAUUUGUUUUUAUGUCUCGCCAUCAUUUGUGUGUAUGCAGAUGAUGUUAUUGCUCAGGAUUUGAGAGCCGAUGAAAUGCUCCUACAUUUUAGCUCGUUAGCUAUGUACAUGGACGGCCAAGUGAUAGCGAGAAAAGCGAGAGGUCUCCUACACCAAUUUAGACAACUUAGAGAAAUUCCGUGCACGCUGUCAGGCCUUUGCAUGCGAUGCGGCCCAGGCAUAUGGGACAGUUCGCAUAGUCCAAGGGUAUACUGCACCGGACACGAAAAUGGAUACUGUCCGAACAUUAAUUAAUCAAAUCGCACGCAUGUACAAAGAGCAUUUGUUCGCCCGAAAAAGUAUUAUUUUUAAACAAUUUAGCCUAGAUGAAUAAAUAAAUAUAAGCUAUAUUGUUGAUGUUAAAAGAACUAUUAUCUAUCAGCUCAUGACCAUAUCAUUAUUCACUUGAUGGAUUGGUGACAUGCUGGGUUUGUGAUUUGUCAUUCGGACGCGGUGCGAGUUUUUGACAAUAAGAUGCUUGGUGUCUUCAUUUCUCAGUGUUUUUGCAGUAUGCGUUCACUUAAUACCUAUUAGCAUGCAUGCAGUUUUCCAAUCACUAUUUACAGUUAUAGUGCAGACUCAGAGUGUUGCUAUGUGAGAGUUCCAUCAUAUUGUACCUACAUGUAAAAUAUCAUAUCUCUGUACACAGUUUGUUUUAUAUUUAUUACUAAAUUAUAUAUUGUAAAUGAUAUUAGCUAUUAAAUAAAUAUAUUCAUCACAUACACUUUAA